UGUGUGUGCGCGUGUGUGUGUUGUCCUCUCUUCCAGGACGGGGCCGCGAGGGUAGGCGAUGGAUCGAGGAACAGCCUGGCUCGCCUGUACACAACCUCUGCUGCUCACACACCGUCACGAAGGGGCGUCGACACAAGAGACCUACACAUAAACUGAUAGACUGCCAGAGAGAGAAAGAGCGAGAGAGAGAGCGAGAGAGGGAGAGUCACACACACACACAGAGACACACAGAGAGAAGAGCUUGUGAUAGACUCGCAGAACGAGAGGACAAGAGCGAAGAGGGACGCCAUCGCAGGCGCUGCGGCUGCGGUCAGAGGGAGGCGUCGGACCGUCGGCCGACCCCAGGGCCGCUCAGGGCGCCCCCCCUCGGCCAUGAGGCCCUCUCUCUCGGUGGGCUCCCCCCUGGGGCUGCUGCUGGCCCUGGUGUGCUGCCCCCUGCUGGGCCUGGCGCACGCCGCCACCAGCAACAACAAGGCCAGCGAGAAGAGCUACGCGCACCUGGCCGAGGUGGACCCCGACCGCUGCAUGAGGCACCACUUUGUGGAGACCAUCACCCACCCCAUCUACAAGUGCAAUUCCAAGAUGGUGCUGCUGGCGCGCUGCGAGGGCCACUGCAGCCACACCUCCCGCUCUGACCCCCUGGUGUCCUUCAGCUCGGUGCUCAAGCAGCCCUUCAAGAGCACCUGCACCUGCUGCCGGCCGCACACCUCCAAGCUGAAGGCCGUGCGGCUGCGCUGCGCUGGGGGCAGCCGCAUCACCGCCACCUACCGAUACAUCCUGGCCUGCAUCUGUGAGGAGUGCAGCUGAAUGAACUCUCCCCUGGACCCCUUCUCUCUGAAGCUCCUGCCCCCCCCCCCAGCCCCCCCCCCCCCCCCCCCCCC